AUGGGGCUUGCCGGAGCCUGUCGCCUGCUGCCGCUCUGCCUGCUCGUGGGGCUGCUGACCCCCAGCCCGGGGCAGCCCCCGCCGGAGCUGACGGACGAUGAGAUCGAGGAGUUCCUGCAGGGCUUCCUGCGGGAGGUCAGCCCCGAGGGCGAGGAGGAAGCCGGGGGGCGGGGGCUGGAGGAGCCCCCCGAGCCGCAAGGGAGGCUGAAGCCAGCAGGGAAGGACAAGGCAGCCAAGGCCCCCACCGAGGUGGAAGAAGGGACAACUGUGAAGGUUAAAGAGAAACCUAAGAAAGGGAAAAAGGAGAGGCCUCCCAAGCCCACCAAGAAGCCCAAGGAGAAGCAGCCAAAGGCCACCAAGAAGCCCAAGGAGAAGCAGCCAAAGGCCACCAAAAAGCCCAAAGAGAAGCACCCAAAGGCCACCAAGAAGCCCAAGGAGAAGCAGCCAAAGGCCACCAAGAAGCCCAAGGAGAAGCCUCCCAAAGCCACCAAGAAGCCAUCUGGCGGGAAGAGGCCCAAGAUACCACCCCCCACCCAGCCCUACGAGGAAGAGGAGAGGUACCGGCAACCCGAGAGACCUCUGAUCCCCCCACCAGCCGAAAAGGAUUACGACCUGCCCGAGACUUCCAGAAUCGCCUCACCCUAUGACGAGGAAGAGGAGAGGUCCCGGACAUAUGGGGAACGGGACAAAGCUGGAUUUCCCGAGGAGCCGGAUGAGCCGCGCUGGGCUGAAGAACAGGAGCCGGGGAGCCGCCGGAAUGAGUUCCAUGAGCCCCCGACGGAGCCGUGGGAGCCCGGCAGGGAGGACCGGAGACCGGCGCCCGACCCCGUGCUGACGGAAGAGCCCGAGCCACCCACGCUGGACUACAAUGAGCAGAUCGAGCGGGAGGACUACGAGGACUUCGAAUACGUCCGGCAGCAGCAGAAACCCAAGAAACCUCCGAGCAGGAAGAAACCUGAGAGGCCGCCGUUGGAGGUGGAGGAGAAGCCAAAGCCGCCCAUGGAGCCACCCCCCCCGCCCCCCGAGAGGGACUACGAUGAGGAGCUGCCACUGCCACCACUGCCGGACUACGACGACAUGGAAUACGGCCUGCCCCAGCCCAAGAAGUUCCCCAGCAAGAAAGAGGGUGAAGGCGAGAUGGAAACGGAUGAGGAGCGACUCAAGCCAGGGAAGCCCAAGAAAGGCGGCAGCAGCAAGGAGGAGGAGGAGGUGGACACGGAUGAUGACAAGUGGGCGGAGAAGACCAAGGAGCGGAAAGGGAAGCCGAAGAAGCCGGGCGGGAAGAAGUGGGAGACAGAUGAGGACGAAUGGACGCCCCCGGAGGAGAAAACAAAGUGCCCCCCCAUCGGGAUGGAGUCCCACCGCAUCGAGGAUGACCAGAUCCUGGCCUCGUCCAUGCUGCGGCACGGCCUGGGAGCUCAGCGCGGUCGGCUCAACAUGCAGGCCGGCUCCAACGAGGACGAUUUCUUCGACGGCGCCUGGUGCGCGGAGGACGACACCCGGGCUCACUGGAUUGAGGUGGACACCAGGAGAACCACGAAAUUCACAGGGGUCAUCACACAGGGCCGGGACUCCCAGAUCCAUGAUGAUUUUGUCACUGCUUUCUACGUGGGCUUCAGCAACGACAGCCAGAACUGGGUGAUGUACUCCAAUGGCUACGAGGAGAUGCUCUUCCACGGCAACGUGGACAAGGACACGCCGGUGCUGACCGAGUUCCCGGAGCCCGUGGUCGCGCGCUUCAUCCGGAUGUACCCGCAGAUAUGGAACGGGAGCCUGUGCAUGCGGCUGGAGGUGCUGGGCUGCCCCCUCUCCACCGUCAGCAGCUAUUACAGCCAGCAGAAUGAGGUGACGUCCACCGACAACCUGGACUUCCGCCACCACAGCUACAAGGACAUGAGGCAGCUCAUGAAGGUGGUGAACGAAGAGUGCCCCAGCAUCACGCGCAUCUACAACAUUGGCAAGAGCUCCCGCGGCCUGAAGAUCUAUGCCAUGGAGAUCUCGGACAAGCCGGGGGAGCAUGAGCUGGGGGAGCCUGAGUUCCGCUACACGGCCGGGCUGCACGGGAACGAGGUGCUAGGCCGCGAGCUGCUGCUGUUGCUGAUGCAGUUCCUGUGCAAGGAGUACCAGGAUGGGAACCCGCGUGUGCGCAGCCUGGUGACCGAGACCCGCAUCCACCUCGUGCCCUCCCUCAAUCCCGACGGCUACGAGAUCGCCAGCCAGGCGGGCUCGGAGCUGGGCAACUGGGCACUGGGCCACUGGAACGAGGAAGGCUACGACAUCUUUGAGAACUUCCCGGACCUGGCCAGCGUGCUGUGGGCGGCCGAGGAGCGGAAGUGGGUCCCACACCGGGUCCCCAACCACCACAUCCCCAUCCCCGAGCACUACCUGGCCGAGGACUCCCACGUGGCUGUGGAGGUGCGCGCCAUCCUCGCCUGGAUGGAGAAGACCCCCUUCGUGCUGGGAGCCAACUUCCACGGCGGGGAGAAGCUGGUGUCGUACCCCUACGACAUGGUGCGGCCGCCCCGUGAGGGAGAGGGGGAGGCGGCGGCGGGUCGCUCGCCGGAUGACUACGAGGACGAGAACCUGGAGGCGCAGGAGACCCCCGACCACGCCAUCUUCCGCUGGCUGGCCAUCUCCUACGCCUCGGCUCACCUCACCAUGACCGAGACCUUCCGCGGGGGCUGCCACACCCAGGACAUGACCAAUGGCAUGGGCAUCGUCAGCGGCGCCAAGUGGCACCCCCGAGUGGGGAGCCUGAACGACUUCAGCUACCUGCACACCAACUGCCUGGAGCUCUCCGUCUACCUGGGCUGUGACAAGUUCCCCCAUGCCAGCGAGCUGCAGCAGGAGUGGGAGAACAACAAGGAGUCGCUGCUCACCUUCAUGGAGCAGGUGCAUCGGGGCAUUAAGGGGGUGGUGACGGACCAGCAGGGGGACCCCAUCGCCAACGCCACCAUCAUCGUGGGAGGAAUCAACCACAACAUGAAAACAGCCAGCAGCGGGGAUUACUGGCGCAUCCUGAACCCGGGCGAGUACCGCGUGGUGGCCAGGGCUGAAGGCUACAACCCCAGCGUCAAAACCUGCACCGUGCUGUACGACAUCGGCGCCACGCAGUGCAACUUCGUCCUCUCGCGCUCCAACUGGAAACGCAUCCGGGAGAUCAUGGCCAUGAACGGGAACCGGCCCAUCCGGCGCAUCCCGCCCGGGCGGCCCAUGACACCCCAGGAGCGCAUGCGGCUCCGCCAGCGGAUGCGCCAGCGGAUGCGGCUCCGCCAACAGAUGCGCCAGCGCAUGCUGAACGCCACCACCACCGGCGCCCCCCCCACACUGGCCCCCACCACCUCCCUCCCCUUCGCCUUCAGCAGCACCACCUUUGCCCCCUGGAGCCAGCUGCCGCCCACCGCUGCCACCUGGGAGACCGAGACCUACACCGAGCUGGAGACGGUGACGGAGCUGGUGACGGAGGCUGAGGCUGGGGCCGGGGAGGUGGGCACAGGGACUGCGCAGCCCCUGACCACAGCGGAGACCUACACCGUGAACUUUGGCGAUUAG